AUGGGGUGUGAGAGGUGUACAGCAGAUCUUCAGACGAGCAUCGGCAGCGUUUGUUUGUGGUGCAAAGAAGGCGGGGCCUUGUUGCUAGGCGACCACUGUGUCCCCCGGUGUGCCCCAGACCACUACAGCCAGCAGGGGGCCUGCCUCAGAUGCCACGCCUCCUGUGAGUCCUGCAGGGGGGCGGGGCCUCUUGCUUGCACUUCCUGCCACGCCCCCAAUGUCCUGUUGCCCUCAGGAGUGUGUGCCGCCAGGUGUCCCCUUGGUUACCAUGACAACGGCCAUGGCGUCUGUCAGGCGUGCGAGCAUCAAUGCCUGAGGUGUGACGCGGGGGGAUCGUGUACGUCAUGCCGUGACCCCGCCAAGGUGCUGCAGUUUGGGGAGUGUCAGUACGACACGUGUGCCCAGCAGUACUUCCUCAACGCCACCACGCGCACCUGCACAGAGUGCGACUGGAGCUGCAACGCCUGCACGGGUCCUCAGCCCACCGACUGCUCGCAGUGCAUGGAAGGACAUGUGCUGCAUGACGGGGUGUGCACCCACAAGUGUCCACCAGGGUGGUACCAGGACGGGGACACCUGCCUGGGCUGCGAUGAUCUCUGCAUGGAGUGCGACGGCCCCGCCCACUGCCUGCGAUGCCAGCCGCCGCACGCCAUCCUGCGGGGUCGCUGCGUGCUGCGAUGUGGGCGUGGCUACUUCCUGGACGCCUUCGCCCACGCCUGCCAACCGUGCUCCACCGACUGCUCGCUGUGCGACGACGUGGGACGCUGCCGGGCCUGCGCACCGCCCGCCUACCUGAUGGAGGGCUACUGCACCCCCGCCUGCGGGCACGGGUACUACGCCGACCGCCAGACCAGACGUUGCCAUGCAAACAGCAGCCCCCCCUUCCUCCACGUCAACGGCUCCCUGCUGGUUCCUCUGGGCGGCUCCGUCCCGCUGGGCCCGACUCUGCUGCCGGUGCAGGACCAGGACAGUCCCCCGCAGGCGCUGGUCUUCCGGCUGGUGCGCCGUCCCGCCAACGGCCGACUGGUCGUCCUGGGCGACGAGGAGGCGGAGCCAAAGGCGGAGGAGGGUCGCGAGCUGACGGAGGAAGAUUCUUUCACGUGGAAGCAGUUAGAAGGAGGUCGAGUCCACUUCCAACACUUCAGGGACAAAAGCAGGAGCGGGGAGUUCCUUCUCCGUGCGGCCGACCCUCAGCUGCUCUCUCAGAGUCAAAGCGUCCAAGUUCAAGCCGUGUCCAUGCAGCCUCCGAGGGUCCUGACUUUAGCCCCCCUGCUGGUGGACGGCCCCGGGGCCACGGCGACCCUCACCAAGUCCGUCCUGCUGGUGGACGACCCCGACAACCCGGCCGAUGUCCUGGUCAUGGUCCUGGAGCCGCCCGGUCACGGCCGCCUGACUCGGGUCCACGGCGACCGGGUCCUGGGCCGCUUCAAGCUGGACGAGCUCUCCCGGGAGCAGGUCCAGUACGUCCAUGACGGGUCGGGGGCCGCCCAGGACCACAUGGUGCUGCAGGUCAAUGACGGACACGCCUACCAGAACAUUCUGCUGCGGGUCCUCAUCAGCCAGGAGGCGUGGCCUCACCUGCGCUCUGUGCCUCACACCUGGGUGAAGGAGGGCGGGAUGGUGCGCCUGAACAGGAAGUACCUGCGGGCCCACUUCCUGGGGGUCAGCGCUGACCACGUCCUUUACACCAUCCUGACCUCGCAUGCACCACCCAGAUAUGGUGAGGUGGUCCUGGUCUCCAUGCCAGCUGACGGCCCCCCAGAAGGAUGGAGUCCAUCGGAGGAGCGAGGCUACACCAGCACCACCUCCUUCACCCAGCAGGACGUGGACGACGGCACCGUCUGGUACCGACAUUUUGGCCACGGCACCACCAGCGACUCUUUCCAGUUCCAGGUGUCCAGUGAGGCUCCUCCCAUCGUGCAAACAAACACUCAGACUUUCCAAGUCGGAGUUUUACCUCAAAAUCCUGAAUUUCCUCAGCUGGACCCUGACUGUGGUCUUCAAGUGAUGGCUGUAGAGGAUGGUGUGACAGAGAUAACAUCCUCAGCUCUUUCCUUCAUGGACUCUGAGACUUCCAGUGAGGAUCUCAUCUACAACAUCACCAAACCUCUACCAGCAGGACAAGGAACCAUCGAGCACCGAGAGAGACCACAUGUGUCAGUCCAACAUUUCAGUCAGGCAGACGUGGACCAGCACAAGAUCCUCUACAGACCUCCUAGACCUCCUUCACACCUGCAGGAACUAUACCAGUACUCCUUCAUAGGUCUACCUGAGUCCCUCAGCGUCUAUUUCACAGUGUCAGACGGCCAGCACACGACUCCCGAGCUGGACUUCGCCAUCCAGCUGCUGUCCAACCAUCAGCAGCCCCCCAUGUUCCAGGUUCUGGACCCGCUCCUGGAGGUGGGCAUGGGGGGUCAGACUCCAGUGGGUGUUCAGCAUCUAGCCGUCAGCGACGUGGACACGCCCCCUGACGAGCUGGAGUUUGAGGUGGUGGACGCUCCACAUCACGGACACUUGGUGAAGACUCAAGAUGGACGCCACGCCACCAUGGACAACGGUGACGUCUUCACCUUCAGUGAUGUCACGCACAACAAUCUACUGUAUCGCCACGCCGGGCUCUCCAGCCAGGAAGACGCCAUCACCUUCUCUGUCAGCGACGGCAUCGCCAUGGCAACCACGGUGGUGCGGGUGGCGGUGUCGGGCGCGCGUGACGACGGGCCGCAGCGAGACCCCGCCUCCAGUCUCUCCCUGGAAGUGGGCAAGAGAAGCAGCACAGUCAUCAGACGCUCACACCUGGCCUACACUGACACGAGGUCAUCAGAUGAUGAGGUCAGAGUGCAGCUGGUGUCAGUGCCCAUGUAUGGAGUGUUGACCAGGACUCUCACCCAGCAUGACCCUCAACCACUCAGGGAGUUCUCCACCUUCACCAUGGAGGACAUCAACCUCAACACCAUCAGUUACGUCACCACGUUAGAGACGGGCGACCAGCCGGUCACGGACGUCUUCCACUUUGUGGUGUACGACUCUGACAACCAUCGCCUUGACAACCAGAUGCUCACCAUCACCAUCACACCUGUGCACACACCUGUGCACGCACGAGUGCCCGUGGUCAGCGUGGGCGGAGCCAUAAAGGUGCAAGAAGGAGGUCGCGUGCAGCUAUCCACCAAUCACAUCAGCGUAUCGGAGCAGGACACGCCCAGGAAGAACCUGCAGGUGUGGUUGCUCCGCCCACCCAAGUACGGCUUCAUUGAAAACACCAAACCAGGUGGAUCAGUGGGCGUCGCCCAGGUCAUCACGGCCGACGCUCCCUUCUCCGUAGACGACCUGGCCUCGGAUCACAUCUUCUACGUGCAGAGCGAAGGUCAGCAGAGUCAGCGAGACGACUUCAGUUUCUACGUCAGCGAUGGACUGAGUCAGACCGAAGCUUUAGACGUGGAGAUCCACAUCCAGCAGGUGAAGCAGCAAAGUGAACUGGUGGUGUCGGUGAGCAGCGUCCAUGUGGAGGAGAACUCUGGUGUGGUCAUCACCAACUCUUCUCUCAGCGUGAUGGACCACCACACACCUGACCACCUCAUCUUCUUCACCCUGCUCAGGCAGCCUUCCUACGGUAAACUGCGCAGGCGUCAGUUCUAUGCUCAGCCUCUGGACGUGGGCCGUGUCCUCACACCAGGCUCCACCUUCACCUACCAGGACGUGCUGGAGCGGCUGCUGGUGUACACGCCCGACACCGUCAGCGGGGGCUCUGAUGAGAUGGCGCUCAGCGUGAGCGAUGGCGUGCACACCCGCACGCUGCACCUGCAGGUCACCAUGGACGUCACCCGCACAGAAGGUCCUCGCAUGACCGUCAACAGAGGACUGCAGCUGCCCGCCGGUUCUUCGUCCAAGAUCAGCGAGCAGAACCUGAAAGCUUCUGACUUGGACUCUGACGUCCUGAAGCUGCGAUACCUUCUGACCAAAGAUCCUCCCAGCGGCCAAGUCCUGCUCAGCAAGAACGGACGUGUGGACAAAGUGACGGUCAAAGGUCCAACCAGCAGCUUCACUCAGGAGGACGUCAACAAAGGUGAGGUCCAGUACAGUCACCUCAAAGGUGAGAAAGGAGGAAGUCUGUCCUUCAACUUCAACCUGCUGGACCCUGAAGGCAACAAACUCAUCGAUCAGUCCUUCUACAUCAGUGUCCUUGAGGACCGCCUGCCUCCGAGGGUGGAGGUCAACAAAGGUCUGGUCCUGGAUGAGAACUCCUGGAAGAAGCUGACCACCAUGCAGUUGUCUGCCAGCGACCAGGACAGCGAGCCCAGCGAGUUAGUCUUCCACAUCAGCAAACAGACAAGCCUGGGACACUUGGAGCACGCAGCUAGUCCUGGCAGCAGUAUCGACACGUUCCGUCAGUCAGACUUGGUGUCACGCAGCAUUCAGUACGUCCACAGCAGCCAGGAGGAGAAACACGAUGACAGCUUCUCCUUCAGCGUGUCCGACGGCACCAACGAGGUGGCCCAGACCUUCUACAUCAGCAUCAGGCCAGUAGACGACUCUCUGCCUCGGCUGCAUGUUGCUGGCAUGACAGUGCAGGAAGGAGUGAGGAAGACCAUCACUGAGUUUGAGAUGAAGGCCACUGAUGCAGACACCCAGGCGGAGUCCAUCAUGUUCAGGGUGGUGCAGCCUCCUCGGCACGGCACCAUCGAGCGCACCAACAACGGGCAGCACUACCGGCAGACCAGCAGCUUCAGUAUGGACGACGUCUACCAGAACCGGGUCAGCUACAACCACGAUGGAUCCAACUCCCUCAAGGACCGCUUCAGCUUCACCGUGGCUGACGGCACCAACCUGCUCUUCAUGGUGGAGGACAACGGCAAGGAGAUCGUGACCGCCGCACCCCAGAAGUUCAACAUCGACAUUCUGCCCGUGGAUGACGGGACUCCUCGUAUCGUCACCAACCUGGGCCUGCAGUGGCUGGACUACCUGGACAACAAGGCCAGCAACCUGAUCACCAAGAAGGAGCUUCUGACCAUGGACCCUGACACGGAGGACGAGCAGCUGGUGUACGAGGUCACCAGCCAGCCCAAACAUGGCUUCCUGGAGAGCAAAGGUCAACCCGGCAGCCGCAUCAGCACAUUCUCCCAAGCUGACAUCAACCUGGGCCUGAUCCGCUACGUUCUCCACGAGGACAGCGUCCAGGAGACCAUGGACACCUUCAAGUUCCUGGUGAAGGACAGCAAGCCCAACGUGGUCAGAGAUAAUGUCUUCCACGUCCAGUGGUCCCUCAUCAGCUUCCUGCACCAAAGCUACAACGUGACGGAGGAGGCGGGCACAGUGGCGGUGACGGUGAAGCGGACAGGGAACCUCAACCAGUACGCCAUCGUGCUGUGCCGCACUGAGCAAGGCAGCGCCACCUCCAGUAGCAGCACUGGCCAGCAGGACUAUGUGGAAUAUGCAGGACAGGUCCAGUUUGACGAGCGCGAGGACGUCAAGGUGUGCACCAUCGUCAUCAACGACGACAAGGUUUUCGAGGGCAUGGAGAGCUUCCAGGUGGAGCUCAGCAUGCCCGUGUACGCUCUGCUGGGCGGGAACACGCGGGCCGUGGUCAACAUCAACGACACGGAGGACGAACCCAAGCUGCAGUUCGACCAGAAGAUUUAUCACGUCAACGAGAGCACCGGCGUCAUCCAGGUGCCCAUCGAGAGAAAAGGCGACACGUCCAGCACCGUGUGGGCUCUCUGCUACACGGUGGCCAAGUCGGCUCAGGGCAGCAGCCCCCUGGCUUUGGAGUCGGGCUCCGACUACAAGAGCCGCGGGAUGAGUCCGGAUAACCGCGUGGUCUUGGGGCCCGGCGUCAGCAUGUCCACCUGCGACGUCAGGUUGAUAGACGACAGCGAGUACGAGCUGUCCGAGGAGUUCCAGCUGGUGCUGUCGGACGCCUCGGAUAACGCCCGCAUGGGAGACGUGACCGUGGCCAAGGUGGUCAUUGACGGACCCAAUGACGCUUCCACGGUUUCUCUUGGGAACGCCACGUUUACGUUCAGCGAGGACGCUGGCACAAUCGAAAUCCCUGUGCUGCGUCACGGCAGCGAUCUGUCCUCGGUGACGUCGGUGUGGUGCGCCACUCGACCCGCUGAUCCGCCCUCGGCCAGCCCAGGUGUGGACUACAUCCCUAGUUCCAAGAAGGUGGAGUUCCAGCCCGGAAAGACAGACGAGACGUGCAGUUUGACCAUCAUGGACGACGUCCAGAAUCCGUCCAUCGAGGGCUCCGAGUCCUUUGUGGUCUUCCUCAGUUCCCCACAAGGGGCCGUCCUCCAAGAACCGUACGAGGCCAGCGUUGUCAUCAUCGACACCUUCCAGGACAUUCCCAGCAUGCAGUUCGAGAAGAGCGCCUACACGGUGAAGGAGCGAGACGGCGCCUUGCACAUUCCCGUCAUCCGCACGGGCGACCUGUCCUACAAGUCGUCGGUGCGAUGCUUCACCCGCACCAUGUCGGCCAUGGUGAUGGACGACUUCGAGGAGCGGAGGAACGUGGACGAGUUCCGCAUCACGUUCCUGCGUGGGGACAAGGUGAAGAACUGCACGGUUCACGUGAUGGACGACUCUGUGUUUGAACCCGAAGAGGAGUUCCAGGUGCACCUCGGGACACCGCUGGGAGACCAUUGGAGCGGCGCCAUGAUUGGGGAGCGCGACGUGGUCACCAUCACCAUCACAAACGAUGAAGAUGCGCCCACCAUCGAGUUCGAGCAGGCGUCCUUCCAGGUCCGAGAGCCUCCGGGUCCAGAUGGCAUCGAGGUGCUCAACAUCAAAGUGAUCCGCCACGGGGAUCUGGAUCGCACCUCCAAGAUCCGCUGCAGCACCCGAGAUGGCUCAGCCCAGUCAGGAGUGGACUACAAUCCCAGGAGCAGAGUCCUCAAAUUCACCCCCGGGAUGGACCACAUCCUCUUCAAGGUGGAAAUUGUGUCCAACGAGGACAGGGAGUGGCACGAGUCCUUCACAGUGGUCCUUGGCCCUGAUGACCCGGUGGAGGCGGUGCUUGGGGAAAUCACUAUGGCAACCGUCACCAUUCUGGACCAGGAAGCUGCUGGAAGUCUCAUCCUUCCUGCACCACCUCUUGUGGUUUCCCUGGCCGACUACGAUCACGUCCAAGAGGUGACCAAGGAAGGCAGCAAGAAGACUCCCUCCCCCGGUUACCCCCUGGUGUGCGUCACACCCUGCGACCCGCACUACCCCAAGUACUCGCUGAUGAAGGAGCGCUGCGAGGAGGCGGGCAUCAACCAAACACAGGUGCACUUCUCCUGGGAGGUGGCGGCGCCCACCGACACAAACGGGGCCCGCUCGCCCUUCGAGACGGUCACGGACACCACGCCGUACACCAGCGUCAAUCACAUGGUCCUGGACAGCAUCUACUUCAGCCGACGUUUCCACGUCCGCUGCGUGGCUCAAGCCCGAGACAAGGCGGGUCACCUGGGGACGCCGCUCAGGAGCAACAUCGCCACCAUCGGCACCGAGGGCUCCAUCUGCCACACGCCCGUGACCACCGGGACCGCCAGAGGGUUCCAGGCUCAGUCCUUCAUUGCGACGCUGAAAUACUUGGACGUCAAGCACAAAGAACACCCCAACAGGAUCCACAUCUCGGUGCAGAUCCCGCACCAGGACGGCAUGCUCCCCCUAGUGUCCACCAUGCCGCUGCACAACCUGCACUUCCUGCUGUCAGAGUCCAUCUACCGGCAGCAGCACGUCUGCUCCAACCUGGUGACCCUCAAAGACCUGCAGGGCCUCUCUGAGACGGGCUUCCUGGACGACGUGUCCUACGACAGCAUUUCUUUGGGGCCAGGCUACGACCGCCCCUACCAGUUCAACCCCGGUGUGCGGGAGGCCAGAAGCAUCCAGCUCUACAAACACCUCAACCUCAAAAGCUGCAUCUGGACCUUCGAUGCUUUCUACGACAUGACGGAGCUCAUCGACGUCUGCGGAGGUUCAGUCACCGCAGACUUUCAGGUGCGGGACUCUGCUCAGUCCUUCCUGACGGUCCAGGUCCCGCUCUACGUGUCCUACAUCUACGUGACGGCGCCCAGAGGCUGGGCUUCUCUGGAGCAUCACACCGAGAUGGACUUCUCCUUCUUCUACGACACCGUGCUCUGGAGGACAGGCAUCCAGACCGACAGCGUCCUCUCCGCCCGGCUGCAGAUCAUCAGGAUCUACAUCCGCCAGGACGGACGUCUGGUCAUCGACUUUAAGACGCACGCCAAGUUUAGAGGCCAGUUUGUCCCAGACCAUCACACCCUGCCUGGACACAAGUCCCACCUUCUGGCUCCAGACCACCUUGGAGGCAUGGACUUUGACAUCCAACUGCUGUGGAGCGCACAGACCUUUGACUCGCCCUACCAGCUGUGGAGGGCCACCAGCUCCUACAGCAGGAAGGACUACUCUGGAGAGUACACGGUCUUGUUGAUCCCGUGCACGGUCCAGCCCACUCAGCCAUGGAUGGAUCCUGGAGACAAACCUCUGUCCUGCACGGCUCACGCUCCCGAGAAGUUCCUGGUGCCCAUCGCCUUCCAGCAGACCAACCGUCCCGUGCCCGUGGUCUACAGCCUGAACACGGAGUUCCAGCUGUGCAACAACGAGAAGGUCUUCACCAUGGACCCGGCCUCCGCUGACGUCUCCAUGGCCGAGAUGGACUACAAGGGCGCCUUCUCCAUGGGUCAGACUCUGUACGGCCGUGUGCUGUGGAACCCUGACCAGAACCUGAACGCGGCCUACAGACUCCAGCUGGAGAAGGUCUACCUGUGCACCGGCAAGGACGGCUACGUUCCCUUCUUCGACCCCACAGGGACUCUCUACAACGAGGGCCCGCAGUACGGAUGCAUCCAGAACAGCAAGAACCUCAAACACCGCUUCCUCGUUCUGGACCGCAAGCAACCAGAUGUUUGUCAUGAAUAUUUCCACGACGUUCCCUUCGAGGCCAACUUUGCGUCUGACGUUGGCGACUUGAGUUCCGUGUCCGCCAUGCCGGGCGUGGACGGCUUCGUCAUGAAGGUGGACGCCCUGUACAAGGUGGAGGCGGGGCAUCAGUGGUACCUGCAGGUCAUCUACGUCAUCGGUCCCGAGUCGCGCUCCGGGCCCAGGAUCCGCCGCUCUCUCACCUCCCCGCUCGCUCGCCCCCAGCGGGACCUGGCGGAGGUCGGCGGGCACCUGGCGCUGGACGAGUCGCUCAUCUACGACAACGAGGGCGACCAGGUGAAGAACGGCACCAACAUGAAGUCGCUGCGCCUGGCGAGCGCCGCCCCGGCCGGUGCCUUCACCGCCCGGGUGGGCAGCUCGGUGGGCGGGGGGGUGGCCGCCCUGGCCCUGCUGGUCCUGGUCCUGCUGGCGUCCUGCUUCCUGUUCCGCCGCCACCAACGCCGCUCGGCAACUAGCAAGGGGGCGCAGGAGGACUACCCCCUCAACACCAAGGUGCAGGUGUGCUUGGACAGGUGUGUGGAGAAGAAGUUCAGCAGCUGCACCGUCACCAACGUCAACGUGCUCCACCGCCACCAGCAGGUCGGCAAGGUCAAAGAGGUCAACCUGGAGGUCAAGCUUCACAACAACCUCCAUGACGGCACCGAGGUGUGACCCGCCCACGUUCUAUUUUCUUACUUCUUUUUAUACCGCUCCCAAAGAAGGGAAGUUGCAGAUGAGCAAGGCAGCGUCACCACCGAGCUACCUCACACUAACACGCUUCCACUUUUCUACACCCGCGCACGUUUGGGCCGAGUCCACACCACAACAACUCCUCUUCAAACCUUCCUUCCCUUCUUCACAUUCUAAAGAGCACUAGAAAGUUAUUUCAACAAUUUGAAUGGGCGUCGUUCAAUCUAAAAGGCUAGCAUGCAACCUUAGCGCGCUAACGUUUGCUUGUUAUAAUGGGAAGAGUUAGCAUACUUGCAAGAUGGCGACAUGUCCCAAAACCAAUUAAUUGUGGCUUUACAUGAUGCAAAUGAGCUAAAAUGCUAGCAUAAUACGUUAGCAUGCUAACAUUAGCACGAUGACGUAGGAAAAGUUAGCGCUCUUUUAAGACGGUCCCAGGUAUUUGAAAGCCAUGAUUAAGUUCAAGCAAAAAAAAAUAUUGCUAAAAUGUUAGCAACAAACAUUAGCAUGCUAACAUUAGCAUGAUAACCUGGGAAAGGUCAGGAUACUUCUAAAAUGGCGGCAAACAUGCAAAACCAUGCUUUUUAAAGGUUCAAACAAAUACAAUUUGCUAAAAUGCUAGCAUAAAACAUUAGCCUGCUAACAUUAGCACGAUGACGUAGGAAAAGUUAGCGCUCUUUUAAGACGGUCCCAGGCAUUUGAAAGCCAUGAUUGUUAAGUUUAAGCAAAAAAAAAAAGCUAAAAUGUUAGCAACAAACAUUAGCAUGCUAACUUUAGCUUGAUAACCUAGGAAAGGUCAGGAUACUUCUAAAAUGGCGCCAAACAUCCAAAACCAUGCUUUUUAAAGGUUGGAACAAAUACAAUUUGCUAAAAUGCUAGCAUAAAACAUUAGCCUGCUAACAUUAGCACGAUGACGUAGGAAAACUUAGCGCUCUUUUAAGACGGUCCCAGGUAUUUGAAAGCCAUGAUUGUUAAGUUUAAGCAAAAAAAAUAAAAAUAGCUAAAAUGUUAGCAACAAACAUUAGCAUGCUAACUUUAGGAUGAUAACCUAGAAAAGGUCAGGAUACUUCUACAAAUGGCGGCAAACAUCCAAAACCAUGAUUUUUUUUUUAAGGUUCGAACAAAUACAAUUUGCUAAAAUGCUAGCAUAAAGCGAUAGCAUGCUAACGUCAGCAUGAAAAGUCAACAUACUUUUAAGAUGGUACCAAGUAUCAAAAGCCAUGAUUUUUUUUUGGUUUAAACGAAUAGAAUUAGCAAGCAUGCUAGCAUAUUAUGUUAGCAUGCUAACAUAUAAUUAUAAUUGUUAAGGUUAAACAUACAACAUUUGCGAAAAUGCCAGCAUAAAAGUUAUCAUGAUGACAUAAAAAAAGUUAGCAUACUUCAAAGAUGGCGCCAUAUGUCCAGAGCCAUCAUUUUUAGGUUCAAACAAACACAAUUUGCUAAAAUGUUAGCAUAAAACGAUAGCAUGCCAUCGUGAGCAUGAGAAUGGAGAAAAAGUCAACAUACUUUUAAAAUGUUACCAAGUAUCAAAAGCCAUGAGUUUUUGGUUCAAAUGGAUACAAUUAGCAAAUAUGCUAGCAUAAAACGUUACCAUGCUAAUGUUAACAUGAUGACACAGGAAAAAUCUGCAAAUUUCUAAGAUGGCGCCAACUAUCAGAAGCCAUGAUUUUUAAGGUUAAACACACAAAAGUAGCUAAAAGGCUAGCAAGAAACAUUAACAUGCUAACGCAGAAAAAUUUAGCAUACUCUUAAGACGGCGCUAAGUCUCAAAAUCCACGGGUUUUAAGGUUACACAUCCAGAAUUAGCUAGAUGCUAGCAUAAAACAUUAGCAUGAUGUUACAGGAAAAGUUAGCAUACUUCUAAGUUGGCGCCAAAUAUCAAAAGCUGGGAUUUUUAAGGUUAAACGUACAAAAUUAGCUUAAACGGUAGCAAAAAACAGUAGAACGUUAACAUAGAAAAGGUUAGCAUACUUUUAAGAUGGCGCCAAAUAUCAAAAGCUGGGAUUUUUAGGUUUAUUGGUACAAACUGAGAGGUUUUGCUCAUGCUAACGUUGUAGAAUGCGUUAGCAUGUAGCUAUAUUUUAUUUUUUUAAUAUGAAAACUUCUAUAUUUUUUAAAUAUUUGCGCUUAAGUCUUUUUAUCUGUGGCGGCCCACUGCCGAUACAUUUUAUCUGUGGCGGCCCACUGCCGAUACAUUUUAUCUGUGGCGACCCACCGCUGAUACAUUUUAUCUGUGGCGGCCCACUGCCGAUACAUUUUAUCUGUGGCGGCCCACUGCCGAUACAUUUUAUCUGUGGCGACC